GCCAGGGGCAGCAAGCCAGCCCUGGCCCAGGCUGCCAUGGCUAAACUGAGCAGAAAGGACAGCAACUGUCAGGCGGUGCGUGUCAGCAACAAGGCAGCUGUGAAGCCGCCUCGCUGUGCACAGGCAGAGCCUGAUGGUGUCUGUGUGGGGGGCUUCUCCUCCAACUCCUAGUCCUGUCCCUCAUUUCUGUCCCUUUGCAGGACGACUCCCUAGAGCUGGGCUGGUGAGGUCAGAGGGUGGGGUUUUAGAGCAGGCUGAGAGCCCAGUGUCUUGCUCCUAGAGACCCUGGGCCAAUACCCCUCUGACAACCUUGCUGGGAGGAGACCAUGGUGGUUUUAGGGUGCCAUGCCAUCUUGACUGAGCAGAAGGAUGCCUCUGGGUCUCUUCCCCUGUCCCAGGUUUACCUUCCAGAGGCUGACAGUGCUCUCUCACCAGAGGAAACAGCCAUGGAGGAUGUCUGCCAGCCUGCAAAGAUGAAAUGCCUCAAAGGCCCCCACUUAGACCAGGGCCCAGGCAAGUCCUGUGGCCCCUUGGCUCCUGAGGAGGAGCUGGUGUCUGCCUCCCAAUUGGAGGAAGAGGAAGAAAAUGAAGAGGAGGAGGAGGAUCUGGAUCCAGAUCCAGAUCUAGCCCCAGACCCGGAGGAGGAGGAAGAGGAGGAGGAGGAGGAAGAGAAAGAUCUCAGGGAUCCAGCUGUCCUCAGUGCUGUCCACAACACCCAGAGAGGUCUUCUCAGCUCCCCUGGAAUCAAGGCCCCUCAUGUGCUGGGGAUGUCACCUGCCUCCUUGCACUUUCUGUGGCAGACGGUGGACUACCUGUCACCAGUUCCUUUCCGGCCUACCUUUCCCAGCGCCAGCUCUUCAGCACGGCAUUUUGGACCUCGACUGCUCUUGCCAGACCCAUCUAUCUUCUGCAGCCUGCCGACCUCAUGGCCUAGGUUCAGUCUUCCCAGUCAUCUGACCCAGUUCCACCCUCAGCACCAACGGAUCCUGCAGAUGCAGCAGCACAGUCGAACACCAAGUCCCUCAGCCAAGAAGCCUUGGUCUCAGCAACCAGACCCCUAUGCUAACCUCAUGACCCGAAAAGAGAAGGACUGGGUGAUAAAAGUGCAGAUGGUUCAGCUGCAGAGUGAGAACCCCCGCCUGGAUGAUUAUUACUACCAGAAGUAUUAUCAGAAACUAGAGAAGAAGCAGGCAGAUGAAGAACUACUUGGGCGAAGGAACAAGGUUGAGUCCCUCAAGCUGGUAACGCCUUACAUUCAGAAGGCAGAGGCUUAUGAGUCAGUGGUUCGAAUCGAGGGUUCCCUGGGCCAGGUAGCUGUAUCGACGUGUUUUAGCCCUCGCCGAGCUAUUGACGCUGUACCCCAUGGAACUCAAGAGCAGGAGACAGGGGCUGCAAGCAGUCAGAGGCUUCGGGUGUUGUACCGAAUUGAGAAGAUGUUCCUUCAGUUACUAGAGAUAGAGGAGGGCCAGAAGGAUGGGCCUCCACAGCCCUGCUACUCUGAGCAGCAGAGCAACCAGGUUGAGAAGCUCUUCCAGACCUUAAAGACCCAGGAGCAGAAUAAUCUGGAGGAGGCAGCAGAUGGCUUCCUGCAGGUGCUUUCUGUGAGGAAGGGGAAAGCUCUAGUGGCCCGGCUGCUCCCCUUCCUGCCCCAGGAUCGAGCUGUUAGCCUUCUUCUGGCUAUCACUCACCAUCUGCCCCUCCUGGUCAAGAGGGACGUGGCUGAUCAGGCCCUACAAAUGUUAUUCAAACCUCUGGGCAGAUGUAUCAGUCACUUGACCUUCCAUGAACUCCUCCAAGGACUUCAGGGACUAACACUGCUACCAUCUGGCUCCUCAGAGCGGCCAGUCACUGUGGUGCUUCAGAAUCAGUUUGGAAUAUCUUUGCUCUAUGCCCUGCUAAGUCACGGGGAGCAGAUGGUAUCCCUGGAUUCUUCCCUAGAGAAAUCCAACAGUGACCGUACAGCUUGGACAGACAUGGUAGUUCUGAUCGCCUGGGAGAUAGCCCAAAUGCCUACAGCCUCUCUGGCAGAACCCCUAGCCUUCCCCAGCAACCUUCUUCCCCUGUUCUGUCACCAUGUGGAUAAACAAUUGGUACAGCAGUUAGAGGCCAGGAUGGAGCUUGCCUGGAUCUACUGAUCUGGUUGUUCUGCAAUACAUACAUGUGGGAAAAGUUUAAUCAGACACUAGCUGUUUGGCCUAUGUCUACAGGGAUCCAGAGAGUCUGAAGACAUUUCUCAUGCCUUGAUAUAUUGGAGGACCCUGCCCAAAACAUUUUCUUAUCCUUUCUUCAAAAACCUGAAUGAUAUGCCUAAAAAGGCAUGGCAUAAUAAG